AUGGACAUGGGACACUACGUCAAUGCACCAGUUGAUGAAGGGCGGAACGGUCCAGAGGACAGAGGGCAUUCUGAUUCAGGACAGUCAAAAGUGGUCUGGCUGGUUGGACUCAGCUUCGGCCUGCUCUGCAUCGUCCAGUCUGCGCUCAAUGUUUCUCUUCGGCUCCAUGGAAUUUGGUCUUGCAACCAGUCUGACUACUCGGAUAAUUUCACCCUGAUGUCAGCUGCUCACAUCAGCGCCCUGCUGCUCGAGGAAGACCGACUGACAACAGAAAACAUGGAGCUACGGGCCAAUAACAGCCGCCUGCUCACAAAUAAUGAGACGUUACAUGAGCAGCUCAGCAAACAGCGAGAUCAGAUUAUGGAACUCCAAACUGAAAAAGAAAUGCUGAUGAAGAGGCUUUCGGAAAUCGAACCACAAAUCCAAAACUGUCCCGUGGAAUGGAGGCCGUACAUGUCCAGCUGUUACCAGCUGUCCAAUGAGCAAAUGAGCUGGAGACACGCCAAUGACGACUGCGUGGCCAAAGGGGCUCAUCUGGUGAUUUUAAAUGAUGAAAGGGAAGAGGGAUUUAUCCAUACUUUGGGUUCUGAGGUGUGGAUCGGCUUGAAGUCUACACAAAAGCGUCAAAGGAAGACGUGGACAUGGGUGGACGGAAGCCAACUGACUUAUCCAAACAGGAUGCGGCGGCAGGCAGAUCAUCCAGGUUUUUACUGCGCCUAUUGUGAACAAACCUGGUUUGGCUCUGCGAUGUGGGUCGCUGCUGCCUGUGAAGACCAACACAACUGGGUGUGUGAGAAGGAGAUGAAGUGAUGCUACACCUCCAUCAAACCUGAAUAACACUCAUACAACAACCAUAAAGUUCCCUCGUUACACAUUCUAGGACAAGGGAAUUCCUCUCUGUCGCACACAAACAUGCAGUAUACUGUAUUUAUCUUUA